AAGCUCCCUACACAACCACAGCAGCGAAGGGACAAGAGCUCUUCUUCCUCCAGGCCACACUCCCUGGAGAGGUGUGGCGUAGUAGCCAUGACAAAACAUUCCAGCCGCCUGCUGGGCGUCCUCGGUGCAGCGGUCGUCCUGUCCAGUGUCGCCGCCAACUCGUUGAGCAGUUCGGGCUGCUGGGAUGCUCUCUACGGAGACGGGUACUGCACGCCGCCAAACAACAACGCAGAAUGCGGCUACGACGGCGGUGACUGCUGCGAGUGCACUUGCCAGACUCAAAGCGAUGACGACUACUACUCUGGGAGAUGCGACAAAGAGUACAUGGCCUGCAUCGACCCGGACGCCUCUUGCGUCGACGAUGACGACGUUACCAUUGAAUUGGUGGCGAACUGUUCCCAUGCUGGCGCUAUCGGAGACGGUAUCUGCGAAAAAGGGAACAACAAUCCAGAGUGCGGUACGUUGGCCCUGGAAACGAGUACACCCAACGGGAAAAAGUAUCCAGUGAAGAAAGGAGGUUUCGCUCGAUUUCGUGGACACGACCACACCCCCGAAACACUUUUCAACGGUUUCGUUCGGGUUAGAAUCAACAAGAUCACGCCAUAA